AUGCCGGAGUACCUUGUUUUCUUCGUGCACCAGCACUUCGACUUCCGUUACCCGGAGCUGGAGGCUUUGCUGGCAAUGCAGAAUCUCCCUAAUGCCAAUAAGACGGUGUUGAAGGACCCGGGCACUGGGGAGCUGCCGGAACCCGAAAGCUCUCCACUCGUGCGGGUGCAGCUCCCUUCAGCGAAGCACGCUAAGUUCCUCUCAGAGCGUGGCAUUCUCGUCAAGGGCGUGUACGAGGUAUGGGGUCAUACAGCCAGUGGUGGCGGCUACGACGAGCUCGUGUCAUCGGUGGAGGCCUUUCAGGGGCCACAGAAGCAUCGGAUUUUGCAGGAUGACAAGCGUUCAUGGCGCAUCAACGUGGCCAUAUUCGGCAAGAAGCUCAGCAUGGACGAACAACGCGAACGACGAGAAAAGUUUCGCGAAUCUCUACCCUUUGCGGGCCCCGUGCAAAUGAAGAGCCCGGACGAGACGUUCUUGGUGCUCGAGGAACUGGGUUUGGACCAGGACCUGCACCCGGGCAUGAAGCCAAAACAGAUUUUCUUUCUACGCGAACUUGCGGGCAGCGAGAAAAAUCGAGGGCGAGGUGGUGCUCGAGACCUGGUCGACCAACACACAUUGAAGCGCAGAGCGUACAUUGGCCCCACGUCAAUGGAGUCGGAAAUGGCCCUACUAAUGUGUAAUAUGGCGCUGGUGCAACAUGGAGAUCUGGUAAUCGACCCGUUUGUGGGCACUGGGAGCGUCUUGAUCCCGUGUGGAACCCACGGCGCAAUGUGCUACGGCACAGACAUCGACAUCCGGGUGCUGCUCGGUACUGGUGUAGGUGUCACAGGCGCUGGCGUUGUUCCCAUAGAUACAAGGUCGGACGGAAAGGAGCGCGUGAACGUUAUCACUAACUUUAAGCAGUAUGGUCUUCCGCUUCCAGAGCUCGUGCGCGCUGACAACUCUAUGUCGCCUCUUACCAGGCAGUGCAAGGGUUUCUUCGACGCUGUUGUGUGUGACCCGCCUUAUGGAAUUCGUGCCGGUGCUCGUAAGAGUGGGCGUAAGCGCCAGACCAAGAGCGACGUGGCUAUGGCAAUCAAGCAGGCGAACUAUAUCGCACCCACCCAACCGUACGCUGCUGAAGAUGUGAUGAAGGAUCUACUGGAGUUCGCCGCUCAAACAUUGCGCGAAGGUGGUCGGCUAGUCUACCUACUGCCUACGACAUACGAAUACACGGACUCCGACCUUCCGCGCCACCCUAGUCUGCAAGUUAUCGCGAAUUCGGAACAGAAGCUUACGAAAAAGUACGCCAGACGCCUCGUUACAAUGGUGAAGCGUACACCAAGCGCUGAGGAGAUGGCUGUGGUUGAGGGUGAAGAGACAGCUUCGAAGAGUAACCCGGGUAAUGUAAGUUUCGCGAACCUGCGAGAGAAGAUCCGCAAACGCAAGUCAGACGAUGUUGAGGGACUGGAUCAACACUAAUUUGAAGAGAAGCGAAGCAGUGACAUAGA